CUCAUAUACAAGGACAUCCAAUGGCAAGCGACGUUGCUUGUGUCACCAUGGUGAUGGGGCUGUACUCAGGGAGGUUGUGAUGGGUUGACAGGUGCGUGACAAUCGGAGCUCUCUGCAAGCAUGUACGCCAAAGGCAAGAGUAACAACGUGCCGUCCGACAGCCAAGCCAGAGAAAAGUUAGCUCUCUAUGUGUAUGAGUACCUGCUGCACGUAGGGGCACAGAAGUCAGCACAGACCUUCCUCUCAGAGAUCCGAUGGGAGAAGAACAUCACAUUAGGAGAGCCCCCAGGGUUCCUCCACUCUUGGUGGUGUGUGUUCUGGGACCUGUACUGUGCAGCCCCGGAGAGGAGAGAAACAUGUGAGCACUCCAGUGAGGCCAAGGCCUUCCAUGACUAUAGUGCAGCAGCAGCACCCAGUCCAAUCCUUGGGAACCUUCCCCCAGGAGAGGGCAUGCCAGUGGGUCCUGUACCUCCAGGAUUCUUCCAGUCGUUCAUGUCACCUCGUUACCCUGGUGGGCCCAGACCUCCCCUCAGAAUACCUAAUCAGGCAAUGGGGGUCCAUGGUAACCAGCCGAUGCUACCCAGCGGAAUGGACCCCACGAGACAGCAAGGGCAUCCAAAUAUGGGCGGGCCCAUGCAGCGAAUGACUCCACCCAGAGGGAUGGUCCCUCUUGCGCCACAGAACUACGGUGGAGGGAUGAGACCUCCUCUAAAUGCACUCGUCGGCCCUGGGAUGCCUGGCAUGAACAUGGGACCUGGUGGGGGUAGACCUUGGCCAAAUCCUCAAAACGCCAACUCAAUCCCCUACUCUUCUGCGUCUCCGGGGAGUUAUGUGGGUCCGCCGGGAGGAGGGGGGCCACCUGGUACUCCAAUAAUGCCCAGCCCAGCAGACUCGACUAACUCCGGUGACAACAUAUACACCAUGAUCAACACAGUCCCCCCCGGUGGAAACAGACCAAAUUUUCCAAUGGGUGCCGGUACAGACGGUCCAAUGGGAGGGAUGGCAGGAAUGGAGCCACAUCACAUGAAUGGAUCGCUAGGUUCUGGUGACAUGGAUAGCCUCCCUAAGAACUCUCCUGGUAACCUGAGUAUGAGUAACCAACCGGGGACCCCCAGAGAUGACGGCGAGAUGGGGGGAAACUUCCUCAACCCCUUUCAGAACGAGAGCUAUUCUCCAAACAUGACGAUGAGUGUGUGAAGGCUCCGCCAGCUGGUCAGUUAGUGGUGUGGAUUGGUGGAAGAGACAGGACGUGAUGUCAUCUAUGCCCAGUGGCUCUUCCUCUCUGCGCCCUCCCUACCAGGACAGUGGACCCAGGCCUCGUUCUCCCCUGGCCUCUCUCUAUCUGUGUUUGUUCUCUUCUUCUGUUUCCUCUCACUUUUACACUUGUGACCUUCUGCUUCGUUCAUCACCUACCAUCAGAGACUGUAUGAAAGGAACCUCCAUUCUAACAAACCAGGAAAGAAAAAUCCCUGUAUAUUUAUAAAUGUAUGUCACUGUGCAUACUCUCAGUCAUGCUAACACAGAAAGAUGUACCAUGCUCCACCAUCUUGUGGAAAAGACACUGAAAACCCUCAAGUGUAAAGAAAUCUGAGCGAAUAGCUUUCUGGCCUGUCUCUCCACCUGCAUUCGUUAUGAGUCUUGAGAUUUGAUGGGCAUGAUGGCAACCACAGUCUAUGAUUGGAUGAAUUAUAUUGAGAUGACAACUUCAGUCUCAUUGGAUAUACAACAACCUGGGAUAAAGCCUAUUUAAUGGUAUCCUCCGUCUCUCAUUGGAUGAAGAUUAUGGCAACCACUGUCUUUGAUUUGAGAGGGGCGACAGCUUCAGUGAAUUUGAGAUCUUCGUCCCACAGUGAACAUUCACCAAUUUUUUUUAGUUUCACCUCCAUACACUUGGAUCUGAUGUGCUAUGUUGACUGCAGAGAGAGAGUGGGAGUGGGAGAGAGAGAGAGAGGGAGAGAGAGAGAUCAUUCAGUACAGUAUGGGCCAUGUUUUCAAUUUAGUUUUUUAUUGGUUAGUUGAUUUUGUUUGGCGUGUUGAAUGGUUUGAGAAUGUACCCCUGCUUGUUGAGUUGUACACUGUGUAAGUGUACUGGCUAGAGAGUACUGUAAGGCCACAUCUUAUCAUUUACUGGGAGCAAUGUUCAUCCUUAUAUCUAUGUCUUGACUACGAGCAUCAACACCUAAAAACAAAUAGAGAUUUGCCAAUCUAACGAUGACACAUCUGAGAUGGAGAGAACAGAGAAAAUGCAAGCAGUUGGUUGUCUGAAAGAGAACUAUUUUCUGCCUUGUCAAAAGAAUGCAAUGUCUGUUAUGAUUUUUCAAAGAAUGCAAGACUGUAGAUUGAACGAAAAAGGAAAACUAAAAGUGCAGCAAUUGGUGACAAUGGUUGUAGGGAUUUUUGUGUGAAGGGAUUAUUAAAAACAUGCAUUUAAAUCAUUCUCUUAAUUAAUUUAUUAUUGUCAUCCGGAAAAACUGUGAUCUUAAUGUAUUUUGGAGAGUAUGUGUAGAGGUAAAAUAGCUGUGUUUUGUAUUAUUUUAAACCUAAUCCUCAGCCCAUGUUAGUUUAUUACGAUAAUAUUUAGUCCAUGACGAUAUUAUUUAGUCCAGGAUUGUACUAUUCCCUCCCGUAGAUCUAAAUCUCACGAAUCUAACUCCUCUUCUUUAUGUAUCUCACACAUGGAGGGAUGGACAGAAAAAGAGAACGAAAGAGAGAGGGGGAAGAUGAACUAGGGGACACCAAUACAGAGCCGUUUGUUUUAAUGUUAGUUUAAAGUCACAAGUAUGAAUAAUGAAAGAUGCAUAUUUUUUUCUGUGAAAUUUGACAAUUUACACAUUUUUGGAUUCCAAAUGUUGAUUAUGUUUGUUUCCAUUUGUGAUGUGUUCAUUUUCUUCCUUUUUAUGUUAUUCUUUUUUUUUUUUUACCUCUUUAUGUUUUGUAAAUACACUGAGAAGUACUACAUGGGUUUUGAAUAUGCUGGUAUAAAGCUUCUCUUCCCUCAUUAAAAAUGUUGACUCCU